CCUAAAAACUAAAACCAUUCAUCUGAGUGAGAGCAGCGAAGCCAUGUCAACCCUGAAGGAGAUUCUUACCCGACGACCCGUGCUGACGACGAUCCGGGUCACAGCCCCGGCGGGAGCGGCCACACCCCAACCGCUGAGCAAGGGUUUGGGUCAAUACAGGAUGAACAUGAUGGCCUUCUGCAAGGACUUCAACGCCCAGACCCAAAAGUUCAAACCCGGCAUACCCAUGGCGGUGACCCUGACGGUCUUCAAGGACAACACCUACGAGUUCACGGUAAAGUCACCGUCUGUCAGCUGGUACCUGAAAAAUGCCACCGGCGUCGACUCCGGCAGCAGCCGACCCAAACACGUGGUCGCUUCUGAGCUGUCUGUGAGGCACUUGUAUGAGAUCGCCGAAGUGAAGCAAUCUGACCCGUAUUGCCAGUACAUGCCCUUGGAGUCCAUUUGUAAGUCCAUUAUUGGUACGGCUAAUUCUAUGGGGAUUAAGAUUGUUAAGGACUUGGAUUGAUUUGGGGGAAAAGGUCACAUUUUGAAACCAUCAUCGUUGUUUUGAGAAGAAGAUUGGAUUUUUGUUUGGUUUGAGAGGUUUUGCUUGUGACUUGUUAGUUUUAUAGCGAUUUUGUCAGUGUUGUUCAUGAGCUUAGUGUAAUUGGGUAGCUUUCUUGUUUACGAAUUUUGCAGUAGCUUUUCAAUUUUAAUGAGAAAUGAGGAUGGCUUGCACUUCAU